AUGGGCGGGCCUAUGGAUGCUUGCGCUUAUGACAGAAGCACAGCCGCCGGAAGCUUGCCGACAGGGUAUGAUGAGCUCAUGCAGAGUGCGGUGGGAAAGAAACCGCUGCGGCUCGCAAAGACCGAGCCGUUCAUCCAAUGCGAUGCCUGUAAGCUUGCAGCGAAUGAAGCUUGGUUGCAAGUUGCCAAAAAGGCGGAGGAGCUUCCCAAAGGAGGCCUCGGGGAAGUUGAAAUUGGUGAAAUUCUCGACUUGAUUUGCGAUGCAGACGAUGACCUUGGUGAAUGGAUCCCUUUCUAUGACAUUGAGCAGAAGGACGGUGAGGUGACGUUGCAGAAACGCGAGGAGCUGGGCGAGUGUCGCAAGGAGUGCAGCACGGUGAUCCAUGCGUGUCGCGCCGUCUUCGAGGAGUAUCGUGAAGACCUAAGUGAAAUGCUCUUCAAGCACUAUCGACUCCAAGGUGACGGGGAUGGGACGAAGAACCGCCUGAGCCCCGAGAAGUUCACGUCGCGGCUGUGCAACAAGAUGUCAAAGGUUUGUCCGGGAAAGUGGCCUGGCGGACAGGGCUCUGUCGGAGCGGUGGGUGGGAUGUUGACCUUCCAAGAGUCCAAGAGUAGGCCAGAAUUGGCUUCGAAGCAAAAAUGA